GGUUGCAUGAUGCGCAGAGGAGGAGCCGCUUGUCAGGGGACACAGAACAAACUUCCCUGUCAGUGGUGAGUGUGAUAACAACGUGAGACGCAGCUCGCAACCUCGGAGCAUCGUUUGAAACCAAAACCGCCACAGCAAACAGAAUGUUUCUCCUUUGGAUUCGUGUUUUCGUGAAGAAUGCGGGUUUUUAACUCCGUGCGUAAAAGAGACAUUUGGAGACGAUGGAUUCUGUUACUACUCUGGGAUUUCAAGAAAGCGAAUGAAUGGAAAAUGUCACUACUUUGGAAGUGAGGAAAGAAGUUUUUCUAGUGUGAAUAUGAAAAAAAUCCUCGCUGAUAUGAACAACGCAACAACAACAACAACAACAGACAAAACUCCCACCAUCCCGGUGAUUAUGUUCAUUUUCGGGGUGGUGGGGAAUGUCAUCGCCAUAGUGGUGCUGCGAAUAUCACGAAAAGAACAAAAAGAGACGACGUUUUACACCCUUGUGUGUGGCCUGGCAGUCACAGACCUGCUGGGCACCCUGCUGGCCAGCCCCGUCACCAUCGCCACCUACAUGAAGGGCUCCUGGCCGGGAGGUGAUCCGCUGUGCCAGUACUCCGGCUUCAUCCUGCUCUUCUUCUUUUUGGUUCAGCUCAGCAUUGUUUUCGCAAUGUCAGUGGAGAGAUACCUGGCAAUCAACCACGCAUACUUCUACAAUGAGUACGUCAACCAGAGACUCGCUGCGCUGACUCUUUUGGCCAUCUACAUUUCCAACAUCGUGUUUUGCGCGCUGCCCAGCUUGGGGUUCGGACAGGUGAAGCUCCAGAACUCGAAGACUUGGUGCUUCAUCGACUGGAAGAACGACACCAAAACAGUCAAGACUUUUAAUUUGAUGUACGCGGGCGUGAAUUCGGCCAUCGUGCUCGCCACUGUCAUAUGCAACGUGAUGGUGUGCGGCGCGCUGAUCCUGAUGCACAAGCGCUUCAUCCGACGCACGUCUCUGGGCACAGACCAGCGGCGCAUCGCGGAACUCCGGCGCAGACGGAGUUUUAGGCGACUGGCUGGAGCAGAGAUCCAGAUGGUGAUCCUGCUUAUAGCCACAUCUGCUGUGGUUCUCAUCUGCUCCAUACCUUUAGUUCUGAGGAUAUUUGUGAAUCAGCUGGGCAGAAACCAGACAGAACGGCUGAGUGACCUGCUGGCGAUCCGCAUGGCUUCCGUCAACCCCAUCUUGGACCCCUGGGUCUACAUCCUGCUCAGAAAGACAGUGGUUCUCAAGCUGAUGGAGAAAAUCAAGGUACUGUUCUGCAAAAUGGGCGGGCGUGGACGAAGGGGCGGUGGGCAGUUCCGCUGUGCCGACGGCCACCUCUCCUCCUCCAUCAUAUCUCGGGACUCGCCGUCACUGGUGUCCCGUGAGCUGCGGGAAAUGGUGAGCACCUCGCAGACCUUCCUGUACCCGGAGAGCCUGGACUCGUCUCGGGCAGGGGCACCGGGCGGCUCCAGCCCACCAACUGCACAGACGUUACAAGGCCCCGAGGAGGUCAAGGGGCCACAGAAGGGAAUUCCACAGGACGAUUUAGAGAACACAGAGCCAGGAAGGUUGCAGCAAGAGCUCCCAAUGUGCCCCAAGGACCCAGCUUUACAUGUGACUUUCACAGAGGAGACCGCAAACCUCCAAGAGAAAUGCAUUUAACUAUCAGCAUGUACGAAGACUGUCUCAGGAUAGAAAACAAAAACAAGUAAAGCGGAGUGAAUAUUCACCAUCAGUCUGCAGAUAUCUCACGGACAGCUAAUGAAAUGACGUUUGACAGAUCUAUUACUGAAUCAAAUAUCCAUUAUCAAUGUAUUACUCCUCUCUAGUAAUUUACUAUAUCUCUAAAUACACUUUAAUACAAUCACCAAAGGUAUAUCAACAAAACCAUAGAGAACAUUAUAGAGGAGCUCUUCUGUUGCACUUUUUUGAAUGUUUGAACCACUGGCAGGCUGUUAGAAAUGUGUGUUUUGUAGCGUUUUAGCAGCCUGCACGAUGACUGUAAAGAAUUUGUGUUAAAAUGUGAACAGUGUCCCAUGAUGUUAAUUUAUUUGAAGUAUGAAAUUGUACGUUAUUGUCUUCUCUGUGAGAAGGUUCAGAUAGUUUGGAGCCAUUUUAAAUCGGUACAAGAUGAAUAUGUUCAUAGUGUUGUUGUUGUUUUUCCUGGUAUGUAAGGACAUUCGCAAACGAUUUGGUCGACAGAGCAGCUCUCUCACAUCAAAGCAGGAUUCCUGUUUUCCCUUGCAUUUCAUAACGAAAGGCAGCUAUACUGUGGCUUCGACACAGUGCAGACACUGGAGGAUGUUAGGAGGCCUCUAAAAGUGAUUUGUUAAUAUAAAAUUGUUCAUUUAAUCCGUUCAGCCCAUUAGUUUGCAAGAAUCAAUCCAGCUUCAUCUUAUUUCAGCUUAAUGUUAUGUGUAGCCUCCAUCUAAUCAGACUUUAUAGGGGAGUUAAUAUGGGCAAUGAAAAUUGAAGACAUUACUGUCCUGUCCGAUAUCUUGAUGAGGUUUGUGUGUUUUUUUUUUUCAUUAAAACCCGAUGUUUCCUGUUUUAACAUGGCAUUGAUAUAGAGCUGCUAUAAAGAUUAUAUCAAGACAUGUUCGUAUUAAGCCACUUUCAAAUUUACCACAUUUUGACUCUCUUGUGAACAAGCGUAUGUUGUACCAAACUCAUAAACUGAAAAUAAAUGAAAAAUGUUCAUAUAAAUUAA